AUGGCCGAACCACCUAUUGUCCUCGAUGGGGGUACUGGUUUCCUCAAAGUUGGCUAUGCCGCUCAAAACUUCCCUGAAUAUCAGUUCCCCUCCAUCGUGGGUAGGCCCAUCCUUCGUGCGGAAGAGCGGGCAGGCGACAUUGUGGUCAAGGAUAUUAUGUGUGGAGAUGAAGCUGCCGCUGCAAGAUCAAUGUUACAGAUUAGUUAUCCUAUGGAAAAUGGCAUCAUCAAGAAGUGGGACGACAUGAUGCAUCUCUGGGAUUUUACCUUCAAUGAAAAACUUCGAAUCGACACAACAGGCCGGAAGAUCCUCCUUACCGAGCCACCCAUGAAUCCUCUUAAAAACCGCGAGCAGAUGUGUCAAGUCAUGUUCGAGAACUACAACUUCGGUGGGGUGUACGUGGCCAUUCAGGCGGUGCUGGCGUUGUACGCCCAAGGUCUGUCUUCAGGCGUUGUCGUUGACUCUGGUGACGGUGUCACCCACAUCGUGCCGGUCUACGAAUCUACAGUCCUCAACCACCUCACACGCCGUCUUGACGUGGCUGGUCGAGAUGUAACACGCAACUUGAUUGCACUCCUCCUCCGACGAGGCUACGCUCUAAACCGAACCGCCGACUUUGAAACCGUCCGCCAAAUCAAAGAGAAACUCUGCUAUGUUUCCUACGAUCUCGCCCUGGACCAGCGCCUGUCUGAGGACACUACCGUCCUGGUGGAAUCCUACACUUUACCCGACGGCCGUGUGAUCCGAGUGGGCAGUGAACGCUUCGAAGCUCCUGAAUGUCUCUUCCAACCACACUUGGUGGACGUCGAGCAACCCGGCAUCGCGGAGUUUCUCUUCAACACGAUUCAAGCCGCCGACGUCGACGUGCGCUCAUCGUUGUACAAGGCCAUUGUCCUCUCUGGCGGCAGCAGCAUGUACCCUGGCCUGCCAUCGCGCCUAGAAAAGGAGCUCAAACAACUCUGGUUGAUGCGCGUGCUGGGCGGGAAUCCGGAACGGCUAAACAAAUUCAAAGUGAGGAUAGAAGAUCCCCCUCGGCGACGACACAUGGUUUUCCUCGGUGGUGCCGUUUUGGCAAACAUCAUGGCUGACAAGGAGAACAUGUGGAUCUCCAAGCAGGAGUGGAUGGAACAAGGUCCCAGGAUUUUGGACAAGUUGGGGCCCAGAUAG